AUGGCCCCCGAUGCGGGCUCUCUGAAUGGCACAACCGCGUCGCCCGCAUUGAAGACGCCGCAAAAGCCAUCUGUGACGCCAAAUGUGCUCGAGGUCGUCUUCGGAUCACUCCUCAUAAAGCCAUGGUACCCGUCUUUCUACCCCGAGCAGGUCGUGGGCAGGAAGCUUUCUUGGGACAUUUGGGCGCAGAAAGCAUGUCCACACCGUAAUACACCUCCACCCGGGGUCAACGUGUACACCAAAGACAACUACUCGCUCUACGAGAUCGACGGCGAGAAGAACAAGAUGUACACGCAAAACCUGUGUCUGUUCGCGAAGCUAUUCCUUGACACCAAGUCCGUCUUCUACGACGUGACGACUUUCCUGUAUUACAUGCUCGUCGCACAUAACCCAACACCAAGUAUACCAAACACUGGCUUGGGUGAGGACGGAGUAGGCCAAGAAGGCCAGGUAGUGGGCUUCUUUAGCAAAGAAAAGAUGAGCUGGGACAGCAACAAUCUGGCAUGCAUCUUGGUAUUUCCGCCGUGGCAGAAACAAGGCUUAGCGCAGAUACUCAUGGGAGCGAGUUAUGAGAUGAGCAGGCGAGAGGGACGCCUAGGUGGGCCUGAGAAGCCUCUAUCUGAUCUUGGCCACCUCGCCUACGAGCACUACUGGUCCGCGACGCUCGCUCGCGCCAUCCUCUCUUGCCCAUCCAAGAAGACUAUCACAGUGCUCGAUCUACGGGAAAAGACGUACAUCGUCCCUGAUGACAUAAUAGCCACGUUACAAGCCAUGGACGUGCUGGAGCACAGGAAGAAAAGCGGCGCGGAAGCAGUCAUCAACAAAGCGAAAGUCAGAGCUUGGGCAGAGAGUCACAGAGUCAACUUGAAGAGCUUGCCAGUGGACCCGGAGGCUUUUGUGCUGAGGGAGAGCAGUAGGAGCGUGAGCGAGGAAUAG